CUUCAGCUUCCUUCCGCAUUGCAUCGCAUAGAUGGCUUCGCAAACGCCGCGGAGAUCGAGUCGCAUCGCCAGCGCAGCCCCUUCUGCUGUUGGAUCUGCAGUAUCAGUUCGAACCACAGCCACUACUAGAACGAAUGCGACCCGCGCUCGUCUUAGCCAAGGGAAUUUGCCCCGUCUCAAUGUUCAGGGCUCUUCUGCAUAUGGCGCUUCUGGAAAUCCGAUCGUGGGAUCCAAUCAACCGGUCACUGGCGACCUAGCUUCCUUGAUUGAGAAGCAGAGAGGUCAAGCGAUUGGACGUGAGGCUGCUGCUGGCGGCAAUCCUCAGACCCCCGGACCGCCCUCAAAUCAAACACAAGAGGAGCCCGAUGUGGAGGCACCACCGAGUCCGAAGGAGAUGCCCCCUCCGCCGACGUCUACGAGACGACGAGUGGCACGCACUACCCAGAACGGAACUGCGCGAACACCCGCGACUCGACUUAGUGCUAAUGCAGGCGAUCCUAGCUUCUUCGAUUCGCCAUCCAAGAGCUACGGCGAGAUCCGUGAGACGGGCCUUAUUUCGAAAGAUGCUCCCCGGUCAAGUCGACCGGCAUCGCGCAGGAUCGCGAUUGAAGAAACCAGAGCCUCACCUGUCGAAAGCAUCAAGCAAACCUUCAACCGACUAUCUCUAUCGUCACUAUGGGUUAUACUACCGAUCUUCACCAUGAUGUGUCUUUUUCUGAUCACCAGUGGAUACCUCCCUCACAAGCUCGCCCGAUUGAACCCCUUUUCUCGUAUAAUAGAAACUGGUGACGAGGCUCUUUCGUACUAUUUUUACGAUACACUCACCCCACGAGUUGACAAUAUCGAACGACGUCUCAGUAACGUUGAGAGUUUACAGAAGCAAAUCGAAACGCGACUUCAGCAACAGUGGCACACAGAUCUUCAAAGCUUUAGAGAGACCCUACCUUCACUCAUUGCGGUGACAUACAACAAGGCCGAUAAUGCAUAUGAGAUUCCCAACGAGCUAUGGAGCGCCAUUCAAGGCAGGAUGUCACACGGUGGAGAGAGCCUUUCUCCGACAGAUGAAAAGACUUGGGACGCAUGGUUCAAGAAGAACCAGCAAUACGUGCAAGCGAUGAUUGAACAGGAGUACGACCAGACCCUCAAAGACAAAAUCGGCACGGCCCUCGCAGAUAAAGCCUACGUCUCCCAAGACACCCUCCUCAGCAUCCUCGACUCAAAAUACUCUCACCUCAACACUGACGUCUCCAACACCAUCCUCCGCGACGUCAAAGAACAACUCUCCCGCGUCAACCGCGAAGCCAAAACUGUCGCCGUCUCCACCGUCCAAGACGCAUUCAAGCAACUCCCUAUGCGCCAACUCGAAGCCCUCGCCCAAGCAAACCUGGCCCGCAACGCCGACCUCGCCCUGAAGCGCGUAAACUUCUUCUCGCCCGCCUACUCGCCCUACAUCCUGCCGCGCUUCACAUCCCAGACCCAGACUAAGCAGCAGGUUUGGCUCGCUCGCGCUUACCUCUCUGUCAUGUGGAUCCCUGGCCCUCGCACGCCGAUCGCUGCUCUGGAACCCUGGCAAGAACCCGCCGACUGCUGGUGUGCCGCCCCCUCGUCGCAGCUUGGCCAUGCGCAGCUGGGUAUCGACAUGGCGCAUCGCGUUUAUCCGACCUCAUUUACCCUCGAGCACUACCCGAAGCAAGGCCUCAUCGACUGGAGCUCCGCGCCACGGGAUAUUGAAUUGUGGGUGCACAUCAACGACGCAGAGCAGCGGGAGGCCGUCGGAGCCGCGCGUGCGGCGAUAUUUGGCAGCGAGGACGAGUGUUCGCCGCCGGGCAGGGGGCACAAGGAUAUGGUGUGUGUGGGAAAAUUCACGUACGAUGUGGACGCGCCGAACCAUGUGCAGAACUUUGAUCUGGACAUCAGUAUGAAAGACCUAGGUGUCGCGGUGAAUCGCUUGGUGGUGAGAGUCACAUCGAACUAUGGCCAGGAUUGGACUUGUAUAUACCGCAUAUUACUACACGGAGAGAAAGUAUAAGGACCACAUGUAUCAGUUUCUCAUGCUGGAGAGGCUGAUUCCAUUGGGGUCGAUUAUAUUGGAUUGCGCGAUGUUAUUUCUAGAUGGAUGGGCUUUUGCCAUUUGUUUUCAUUUCAGCCUGGGCGUUUGCGGUGCUGGAUUGGGUCGUGCUUGGAGAUACCACAGCGCUACGAGCAUCUUGUCUGAUAGAUAGUACCCCAACAAAUGAUCACGAUUUUUAUACGUCCUAUACACUUCUCGUACAGCGUCCUCGACUUUAUG